AUGGCCGAUCUUGUACCAAAUGGUGGAUGGGACACACACAUCCAUGUGUUUGAUCCAGAGGCUUUCCCGUACGCCGUUCCUCGGUCGUAUACUCCAAAGCCUGCCCGGAUAGCAGAGUAUCCUGCCUCCACCACUGGUUGUAGGAACAUCGUCAUUGUUCAGGCAUCGAUGCAAGGCAAAUCUCCCGCUCCCCUCAUCGACGCGCUGAACAAGCAGAGCCACAUGGAUGGCUAUACUCUUCGCGGGCUCACAACAAUCGAUCCGUUCCGUAUAACGGACGAAGAGCUAGACGCGCUUCAUGCUGCUGGUGUGCGUGGGGCUCGCCUCCAUGAAAUGUCCUGGGGACAUGGCAAGCAAAAUGGGGCUGGGGACAUCGCAAAGAAGAUUGAAGCUUUGGCACACCGUCUUGCUAGACUGGAAUGGGCCAUUGGCGUCUUUUGCCCAGUCGGAGCAUGGGCUGCCAUGGCGGAUAUGAUCCGUGCCAUGGACCCUCGAGUCAAGAUGGUCGCUGAUCACUUUGGAGGAACCUUUCCUGGAGAAGAAAACUCCCCGGAAUUCGCUACCUUUCUUGAUCUGGUGCGGGAGAAGAAGGUCUGGGUGAAAGUUUCGGGAUUCGAACGGCUUUACCAUGGGCAUGAGACGCAGAUGAGGGCCAUUGAGCCCAUUGUCAAGGCCGUUUUAGAAGCUGGACCAGAUCAAAUCGUCUUCGGUACCGACUGGCCUCAUACGCAGUUGGGAGUGACGCGGAAGGGAAAGACAGAUCAACAGAGGAUAGAGGAGGUGGAGGGUUUUCGAGAGGUGAAUGACGAUGCUCAUAUUCGGAAGUUGCGGGAAUGGAUCCCAAGUGAUGAAGUUUGGCAAAAGUUAUGGGUCACGAAUCCGAACAAGUUGUUCCUCUAG